AUGUAUAAAUCACAAGCUUUUAAUAAUAACGAAUUUGACGAUAAUUCAGAACAUGAAGAGGAAAUAGAACAAGAUGAAGAGGAAACAUUUGCAGCGACAGUAAACUUUAAUUAUAAACCAGAAGUAAAAGCCGUCUUUUGCUGUCAAAUAGAUCGUGACAUUCACAAUGAUGGCUCAAUUAUCUCCAUUGAAAGUGCUCAAAAAACCACCGAUAAUAAUGGGAGUUCAUUCAUUACAUAUACCAUCAAAAUUGAGGAACAAGAAGUCAAAAGGCGUUAUUCUGAAUUUGAAUCAUUACGAAAAGUGAUGAUGAAGUUAUAUCCAACGUUAAUUGUUCCACCGAUACCAGAGAAACAUUCAAUUGCUGAUUAUGCGACUAUGCAAACUAAAGCAAAGGAAGAUAUGACAAUAAUUGAAAAAAGAAAAAGGAUGUUACAAACUUUCUUAAAUCGUGUAGCUAAACAUCCUCAACUUUCGAGUGAACAUGUAUUCCAUCGUUUCUUGGAACCUAAUGUUUCUUGGAAUGAAGUGCUUCACUCACCUCCAUUAUCUAAUCUCCCAAAAAAUAUUCUUCAAGUCUAUCAAGGUGUAUUAAAAAAUCCAGAUAAACGUUUUGUCGACUCUGAAAAUUUUACUAGUAAAUUUGCUUAUCAUAUUGGUCAAAGUAUGGAAAAAACUAAUAGAAGAACUUGGAAACGUUUAAAUGAUUUAUCUAGUGAUUAUUCUGAAUUAGGUGCUGUUUAUAACGGUUUCAGUUUAAAUGAGAGUGAUCAUGAUGAUCUUGCUAGCGCUAUUGAAAAAGUAGGUCAGGCAGUGGAUUCAUCUUAUAUGGCAACAAGUGAACUAACUUCAUCCCUUGAAUCUGAAUUUAAUGAACCACUACAAGAAUAUUCACAAUAUGCUCAAGCAAUUAAACAAGUUUUAAAAUAUAGACAUUUAAAGCACUUGCAAAUGGAACUUACCAGUGAAACACUUGAAAAGCAAAAAAUAACUUUAGAAAAUUUGGAAAGGUCUGAACAAGAAGCUAGAAGAUUAGAGGAGGCCUUAAACAAAGAACGUGGCGUUCAAGACUCUAACGCUCGACAUUUCAAUGCGAUUGAAGAAAUUAACACUGAUAUAAAUAACAAUGAUAGUAAUGGUCAUUUUGACUAUCUAUCACAAAAUGGUGAUAUCUCAGCUACAUCAUCUGCUCUUGGGGGGUCAAAAUCUCAGAAAAGAAAUAGCAGUAGCUCUAAACUUCUUUCAGUUCUUAGUCAUAAAAUUCACGGUAUUAUGGAUGUGGAUCCAGAAGCUACAAGAAGAAACAGAAUUGGUAGAACCCGUGACUCCAUAAUUCAACUGGACGAAGCAGUAAUUACAACUACUGAGGAUUUAAAAAAUAUAUCAGUUUCUAUCCAGAACGAUUUAGACCGUUUUCAAUGUCAAAAAGUAUGCGAUAUCAGAGACAUGUUGAUUGCCUAUGCAAAAAAUCACAUCGAGUGGUGUCAAAAGAAUCUUAAUAGCUGGGAGGAAGCAAAGGCAGAAGUUGAAAAGGUUCAAACCUAA